CCUACCACCUAGUAUUUCAUUUCAUCCUUACCACUAUAAAUACCUCUGUCAUCUUCCCCAAACUCUCCACACCCGAGAAGAAAAUGGCUACCCAAGCCUCAAAAGAAAGUGGUAACAAGAUCGAUUAUUUCGACAUGUUACCUGAAGGAUGCUUAGCUGAUACGCUGGCUCACACAACUCCCACAGAUGCCUGUAGGCUCGCCCUAGUGGCUCCUGCCUUCCGUUCCAUUGCUGAUUCUAAUGGUGUUUGGGAGAGGUUUCUACCUUGUGACUACAGCCAACUCAUUUCCAGAGCCGUGCCUGCUCACCGACACAUUCUUGAUCACCUGGCUCUCUCUCCCAAGAAGAAACUCUAUCUUUUUCUUUGUGAUAAUCCUUUGGUCAUUGAUAAUGGCACUCUGAGCUUUUCUUUGGACAAGUGGACCGGGAAAAAAUGUUUUAUGAUAGCUGCAAGGGAACUUGCUAUAGUGUGGGGUGACACCCCUAGGUACUGGAGGUGGACUAUUGAUAAGGAAUCAAGGUUUGGCAAGGCAAUUGAGCUAAUAAGUGUUUGUUGGCUUGAAAUACAUGGAAGGAUAAACACUUCUUUGUUGUCUCCGGACACAGACUACACUGCUUAUCUUGUGUACAAGCCAUCAAUUGCAGUCUACGGGUUUGAACACCAACCAGUAGAAAUUUGGAUUGGAUUAAGCGGGGAAGAAAGUGUCAAGUGCACUUUUAUUCUGGACCCCGAAGGUGGACUGCAAGCAAAUUAUGUGAGAAUGCCUCCUCCUAGGCGGUUAAGUUUGCUUCAUAGUAACAGAGCUAACCAACCACGACCACAAAUCCCAAUCCCUGUAGGCGUUGAAACCCGGUGUCCAAGGGUUAGAAAAGACGGUUGGCUGGAAAUUGACUUGGCACAAUACUUCCACAAGGAAGGGGAGAAUAGAGAAUUAGAGAUCACUAUGAUGGAAACUAAAGGUGGACACUGGAAGAGUGGUCUCAUUAUUCAAGGCAUCGAAAUCCGAGCUAAGAGCGGGAACUAGCCCCGAUCAGAAAGAUAUAUAACAUAAGGUAGCUGGCUGGGUUUGGCUACAAAAGCUAGAUUGUGUUUGCAGUUAAACUACUCUAGGUUGAUGGCAGCCCAGCCCUUCCCCCUUCCAUCCACCUAUAACUGUCACUAGUAUGGUUUUUUCAUUUGUUCAUUUUCUUUUUAUGUUCUUUUCCACAAGUUGUUUCUGUUCUUCUAAGUUCUUCCAUUGUAAUCUCUCUACUUUAAGCUUCGAUGUUUGUACUAUGUCUUGAACAAUAACUUGCUCAUGUAAUUUAUGCACCUAAAAUAGUAUGUGUGAAUAUUUGUUGUUAAGUUCUCA